AUGGUAUCACCCGCAGAAGGCCGCUUAUCGACGGUGGAGGAGAACGUCGCAACAGAUGUGGUCCACCAACAGCCUACCACUUCGCGUUGGAAGCGAUUCUUUGGAGGAAAACCGACAGAAAAUACCGAGUCUGGCGACGAUGUGCCUUAUCGUGCGAAAUCGACACUAGGAAUUCUCAGUGACAAGCAAACUGACGAAGUACCUGGAACGGUCCUUCUCCUAUCAUCGAAUCGCAAUGAACCUUUGGGCAUGAGACAUCAGCCGCAUCGGACCUCAGCAUCCUCGAUUUCGUCUUACCCUCGCUCACGAUCUACUUCUCGAUCCCGCUCCGCGGUGCCAAAGAAGAAAACACCCGAUGGACAGUUCGUCCUUGAUCCGCAGCCAGAUGACUCUGUGAACGACCCUUUGAACUGGCCAGUCUGGCAGAGAGAUGCCGCACUGCUCUCGCUCGGCUUCUACUGCCUGAUGGGAGGCGGUAUGACUCCGAUCUUAGCGGCUGGAUUCAAUGAGGUUGCAGACCAAUACAAUGUCAGUACGCAGCAAGUUGCCUACACUACUGGAUUCUACAUGUUGGGCCUAGGUCUGGGAUCAGUCGUGAUGUCGCCUACUGCGAUUCUCUUUGGAAAACGGCCUGUAUACCUCUUGGGGGCGUCCAUGUUCAUUAUCUCAGCAAUCUGGUGUGCAGCAUCACCGAACUACCCCAGUCUCGUCGUCGCUCGUAUCUUCCAAGGCUUUGCAGUGAGCCCGGUUGAGUGUCUUCCCUCUGCUACCAUCGCCGAGAUUUACUUCUUGCAUGAGAGAGCUUACCGAGUUGGCAUCUACACACUACUACUACUGGGAGGAAAGAAUCUUAUCCCCCUAGUGAGUGCUGCUAUCAUUGGAGGUCUGACCUGGCGCUGGGUAUUCUGGAUUGUCGCGAUCAUCGUAGGCGCAUGUCUGAUACUGCUCUUCUUCUUUGUCCCCGAGACAUUUUGGGACCGCACUCCUCGUCCUCGUCAGCACAAGCACAAGCGCCCACGCCUUGGAGGCCGCAGCGUCUCUGACAUCGUCCAUCAUCCGUUCCGCGGGAGACGCCCGCAUGUUCAAAUACCAGAAGAGUCUACGGAGCCUAUAGAUCACUCUGAUUUGAACCUGUCAACGAAAAGGUCCAAGAAUACGCAUGUUGGAUUUGCAGAUGAUCAAGCGGGAGGUGAAAGCCACGGAACUGACAUCGAAAAGACUGACUUCACCCCUGGUGCUGAAAAUACCACCACUGGCGAUCAAAUCAAUUCCGAACAACCCACUCCUGUCACCGAGAAGACUGGUGAUUUCCUGCAAGUUCCACCUCAUGCUCUUGUACCGGGGGCAAACCCUGAUGACUUGGAGGCAUCUCGUUCACCUGCAAGGACUGAAUCACAAGAGCCUACUGGAACACCUAUCACCGCAACCCUUCAGUACACUAAUCGGCUCCGUGAGCGCCCGAAGAUCCCAUACUCUCAACUCCUCGGAAUAUGGAAUGGAAGAAUAGCACAAGACAGUUGGUUCAGAGUUGCUGUGCGACCAUUCAUUCUGUUCGCCUACCCAUCUGUACUCUGGUCAACAGUAGUCUACGCACUGUCUGUCGGCUGGUUGAUCGUGCUCUCAGAGUCCGUUGCCCAUCUUUACCAGGGCAGAGCGCAUUACAACUUCACUGCACUUCAGACUGGUCUGGUCUACGUCUCGCCCUUCGUUGGCGGUCUCUUGGGAACUGCAGUAGCCGGCAAGGUCUCCGAUAUCAUCACCCGGUAUCUCACCAAACGCAACGGCGGCAUCUACGAGCCCGAGUUCCGUCUUGUCAUGGCAAUUCCCAUCGCUUUGUCUACUGUCAUCGGAUUAAUGGCCUUUGGCUGGAGUGCUGAGAUCAAGGACAAUUGGAUCGUGCCUACUAUCUUCUUCGGACUUAUCUCUUUCGGCUGCUGCUUGGGCAGUACUACCGCCAUUACUUUCUGCGUGGACAGCUAUCGUCAAUAUGCUGGCGAGGCGCUUGUCACAUUGAAUUUCAGCAAGAAUAUUCUCCACGGCCUUAUUUUCUCUCUGUUCAUCGUCGACUGGCUGGAUGCCGAGGGCUCCAAGGAUGUCUUUCUCGUCAUCGGCGGUAUCCAGCUGUUUUUCAUGCUCAUGACGAUUCCAAUGUAUAUCUACGGCAAACGAGCUCGCAUGUGGACAGUGCGCAAGCAGCUCAUGGAACGGUUCUAA